AACUGGGGUUUGAACUCAGGGCUUCCCACUUGCAAAGCAGGUGCUCUACUACUUGUGCUGCACCUCCAGUACACUGUGCUUGGGUUAUUUUGGAGAUAGGGUUUUACAAAGUAUUUGCCUGAGCUGGUCUCAGACCUCAGUUUUCCCGAUCUCAGCCUCCCAAGUAGCUAGGAUUACAGGCAUGAGCCACCGGCGCACAGCUUAAGAUUCCCCUUUUUGAAAAAGCUCAGUUCACAACAUUUGAGGUGAGGCCUUUCUCAUGUGGGCACCCUGUCCUCACAGCCACGAGUCUGAUGUGUUCUCUUUUCUAUCCUAGCAGUGUGUGUUUCAAGAUGGGGUCCCAGGUCUCUGUGGACGCGGGAGCUCUGCAUGUGGUGAUUGUGGGCGGGGGCUUCGGUGGGAUUGCGGCCGCCAGCCAGCUGCAGGCGCUGAACAUCCCCUUCAUGCUGGUGGACACGAAGGACUCCUUCCAUCACAAUGUGGCAGCCCUCCGGGCCUCUGUGGAGAGUGGGUUUGCCAAAAAGACAUUCAUUUCCUACUCAGUGACCUUCAAGGACAACUUCCGGCAGGGCCAGGUGGUCGGGAUUGACCUGAAGAAUCAAACGGUGCAGCUGCAGGACGGUGAGGCCCUGCCUUUCUCACAUCUUAUCCUGGCCACAGGCAGUACCGGGCCCUUCCCUGGCAAAUGUAAUGAGCUGUCCUCCCAACAGGCUGCCAUCCAGGCCUAUGAGGACAUGGUGAAGCAGGUCCAGCGCUCACAAUUCAUUGUGGUGGUGGGAGGUGGCUCUGCAGGAGUGGAGAUGGCAGCAGAGAUUAAGACAGAAUAUCCGGAGAAAGAGGUCACUCUCAUUCACUCCCAAGUGCCCCUGGCUGACAAAGAGCUCCUGUCCUGUGUGCGGCAGGAAGUGAAGGAGAUACUCCUCCGGAAGGGCGUGCAGCUGCUGCUGAGUGAACGGGUGAGCAACCUGGAGGAGCUGCCUCUCAACCAGUAUCGGGAGUACAUCAAAGUGCAGACAGACAAGGGCACAGAGGUGGCCACCAACCUGGUGAUUCUCUGCAAUGGUAUCAAGAUCAACAGCUCUGCCUACCACACUGCCUUUGAGAGCAGACUGGCUGGCAAUGGUGCUCUGAGAGUGAAUGAGUUCCUCCAGGUGGAGGGCUAUAGCAAUGUCUAUGCCAUCGGUGACUGUGCUGAUGUGAAGGAGCCCAAGAUGGCCUAUCACGCGGGCCUCCAUGCCAAUGUUGUCGUGGCCAACAUUGUCAACUCCUUAAAACAGAGGCCCCUCAAGGCCUACAAGCCAGGUGCACUCACGUUCCUCCUGAGCAUGGGCAGAAACGAUGGCGUGGGCCAGAUCAGUGGCUUCUACGUGGGUCGACUCAUGGUUCGGCUGGCUAAGAGCAGGGACCUGUUCGUCUCCACAAGCUGGAAAACCAUGAGGCAGUCUCCACCCUAACGGGCAGGUGAUGCAGCACUAAUACAGAUGGAUGACAGACUGCUUGACAAAGGCCAUCCACCUGACAAGUGCUAAAGGGCUAAGCUGUUUGUUGGGAAUAUGAUGCCAAUGGUGUACUAUCUGGAAACACAACUGUAUAAAACCAAAACAGAGAGAAGCAUUUAAAAAAAAAAAGAUGUUUGGAAGGUCUCUUUGCAGUUGAGCUGGCUAAAGGGUCUUGGAAAGAACACAGGCAGCUUUCUGUAUUCUUUUAGAUGUGUACGCAUGUGUGUGUGUAUGUAUAUGCACAUGCAUGUGUGUGGGCUUAGGUGUAGUAUUCAGAGCCCUGAGUAGGGUGAGAUCUGGGCUCCUGGUGACUGGCAUCCCGACUGUGAGUACAGGAAGGAGAGCCUGUAGCACGAGAAUAGCAAGGGAAGAGGAGCUGGGGUGGAGAGAUGGCUUGCAACCCAAAACUUUUCCCACAUGAGUUCAGGAAAGCUCAUACAUUCCACAAUAAACAGGUUGUUAAUAGGAGCACUGUUUUAAACUCCCUAACUUAUGGUUAGCACCUAGACUUUUUGGGUUUUUGUUUCGUUUUUUGACAUGAGGGUCUUAAUGGUGCCCAAGCUGGCCUCCAACUCCCAGGCUAAAGCAGUCCUCCUGUCUCAGCCUUCCCAGUAGCUGGUGCUGCAGUUUCUGGGACUGUUGUGCCUGGCUCCUCCCUACCUUCUGUAAUCUUCAUGAGUCUUUCUGUGUUUCCAUUUUUGAUCCUUGCUACCAUAGGUACAUUUAAGGAAGAGGUAGACAAAAUUUCCCUCUGGCUAUCCCAUGAUGACGGUGAGUUUUUAAGAAGCUGGCAGGAGUUAAGACUUGCCAGAUGCUGAAGUUUUCAAGGAAAGGCAUCGGAGAUACAUGAUCCAUGUAGGUUGACACCUGACUGGUUAACCUUUAGGGAGCAGGGGAUCUGUAGGUGACUCCCAAUGUAUUUCUUUGUUUGGAACUGCAACAAUAUAAAACCAAAAAUGAGGGAGGUGGUUUACUGUUCUUUAGCUGAUGCUGGAGUUGGGGAGGGGUCCCUAAGGGACUUUGUGAUUUUGUGCUUCUGGUUUUCCUGGCCAACUCCACUGUCAGUUGUCUGCAGGCCCAGCCUUAAAGCAGUAGUGCUUGCCACUGACUAUGCUAAGGUAUUCUAAUAAUUUCUGUUGGAGAGAGAUCUUCUGAUACAGAGGAACCUUUUUUGAACCACAUCCAAUAAAUGUCCACAGCGGAAGAGAUUCCUGCCCCUCCCUGCUCACGUUUGAUGGUAGCCUCUGGAUACUGGGGCAGAAUCCUCAGGCCCACACCCUCACUGGAGUUCUCCACCCAUUUCUGUGCCCUACAGUCUGUUCCAUUUAGUUGCCCAGGUCCAAGUGAGACUUCUUCCUCUCUCCCAGAGGAUGGUGACCCCUGGCAGCUUUGCCUAAGGCUUUGCUCUUGUGGAUCCCAGCCAGCAGACUCCCCUUCUCCAGAGGCAUCCUCCAUUGCCUGAGAAACACAGGCCGCGGUACUGUCUAACCUGCAGCCUAGUAUAGCCUGAUGGGAAUCUCCUGUUAGUGACAGGCCUUGUGCUCUCUGCUUACAAAGGUGUAGAAGUAGCCAUUCAUGGGGACUGUUUUCCAAAUGGAGAAAAAUGUUGCAAUAAAAGAAUGUAAGAAAGACACUGAAUCUUUUAUUUUUUCCUUUUGUUUUUUUUAAAAAUCAAAAUGAAACAACAACAACAAAAAGCCCAAAGCAAAACCUUUUUAGGAGUAGUUUCAGGUAUUAUAGGAGUCAGGGGAGGGAGGCUCUAAAACAGAAGAGAAAAGCACCCAUGAGAUAUCUUUUCACUCCUCUCCACUGUAGAAGACAGACAGUCUACAGAUCCAAGUCCUUCUCAUGCCCUCUUCCCUUGGAAAAAAGGAGGAACAAAAGAAACAGGCGUCGUGAAAAGAUUUUUUUGCGUGUGAAUAUGUGUAAAA